CACCUUCUCCAGACUUCUAAUAAGGUAUUUUCCUAAAAAUUGAGGAAGUCUCAAGCAUAAAUCUUAUCCCUGAGAUCUAUUCCUCGAGAUGACUUGUGUCCUAGCCUAAAUCAUCAACUUCUAUUAGUAACUCACGUUUAGCCACCUUAGUUGUAUAUUGCACCUAUCGAGGCUUAAACUGUAAAAUGAAAUGUGGUUGGUUGCAGCUUGAACUUGAUUCUCAGUGACACUUUGUUGAUAUCUAUUUUCUUGACUAAUCUCAUAUUUCUGAUAUCAUUUAAUAGCAGUAGUAUCACCAGUUACUCAUCUUCAUAUCUCAAUGUUGUCUUAAUGCUGUGUAAUUAAGCAUUAAGACUUCGGCUUUGCUGUAAAACAACUUGAUAUUGUUUCUAUUGGUAUCACUUGCUUAUAUUAGAAUCCCACCGACAUCAGUCUUCAUACACCACUGUUACAGUUAAACAGUUCAGACAUUCUCUAAGGCUGACUAAUGUUUCUUAAGUUGAAAGCAUUUUAGUUUGUUUUCGAACUGGAAAAAGUUGGUAUAUCAACAGUUCAGCAUUUCAAACUUCACAUGGCAGGAUCUUGAUAAGUUUCACCACACACACAGAAUUCAAACUUGAUGAAUAUGAGCGAUGAACUCGAGAACUACAGAAAGGUUAAUUGAGUUAUUUCAUCUGAGAUCAGAAAUGCCAAAAUUCGAAUAAAGUUAAGAAUUACAAGUCAAGUUCUUGACCAGAACACUCAUUCAGUGGUAUCUUGAUGCACAUCUCUUUAUUGCCAACUCAAAUCUCAGUCUCAGAACAAUUUCAAAUCCAAUCCUGGAAAAGUAUCGAAACGACAAUUAGACUUCAGUGAAAUGUUAUUGGCUUAAGUCCUGAACCAGUUUGUUAUUGUAUCGUGUUUGAACAAAUUUAAUGAACUUCAAGAUUGCUUCUUGAAUCUCACUCUUAUGAUCGCCAAUCCGAUAUGUGCCUUUGUAAUUGAAGCUUUGAAUUCUAAAUGAUGAAGAUCAGUACGCCAAGAUCUUGAGCCAUACAAAGCUAAAGAACGAAGACUUUGACCAAUAGCAAGAUUAGUCAGAACCGUUGCAACCACACUCCAAGCCAAAGCCUAAUGGCACUGAGGGUUGAAUGUGUGAUGUUAUAAAAAUGCGAGACAAUUGCUAUGAUGGGCCUGUAAAUUGCCACAUCACUGAACUGUCCAAUCAUAUAAUUGUGGCACCAUUGAAUAAAGCAUUUCUUCAUAUAAAUCGUAACACUCGAAUUGGAACUGCAACAGUCUACAGAUGAAAUUUGUAGCAAUACGAGACUUUAACAACAAUGAGGUAUU